CUUUGCCUUCCUCAUUUUACCUCCCAGCAGAAACGUACCACAGAAAUGGAGGGUCUCAUCCCCAUGGUGUUCAAGGCCUUGAAGAAAAGUAGAGUUCGCCGGCAAUACAGCCAUCUCUCCUCCGGGGUUGCUCAGAGUUACAACAUAGCCGACUUCUACACCAGUGAACAGAGUCCUGUAUACAUGAUGCCUUCAACCGAAAAGAUUGGUGGUUUGCAUAUUGAGAGCAACGGUACUCACCACCGGCGACACAAGUCUGUCGGAGCCUAUGCUGUCGGGUUCUCCUCGGCUGAAGAUAAGAGAAUGGAACCUCCCCCCAAGCAACUUGUCCGGUUCAGGAGCCACAGACUGUUCUCAUGCGUCUCUGGUGCCUAGAAAUGCAUCGAUCCCCCCUUAAUUGGUACCCAUGUUAUAAAUAUUCCAUUUUUCUUCUUCUUCUUCUUCUUCUUCUGCAUGCUUUGGUAAGGUAAGAUAGAUUUGUUUGUUCAAUCCCCUGCAAUUAGAGGGAGGUAGAGAAAGAGACAGAAAAUGGAAGUCUCAAGACUAAAUGCAAACUACUUUUAUAUAUAAUAUGCAACUUUAUCAUGUUCA